UGGCUGACCCAGCUCUUUCUCUAGAUAACUGAAUUCAGCCAACCAAACAGGAUCGACCUCUCUCUUUCUCUCUCAGCCCCGCAGCCACAGACAGCCAAAGGAGAGGGAUGUCACAGCUGAAAGAAAACCAGUCCUCCUCCGUCUGCAUUAAAAACAAGCAGCGCGCGACCAUUCUUCACGCUUACGCACGGGGUAUUUACUUCUUUUACGCGCCGUCAGGAGACAAAUCAGACCAAUUUCGGUCCUGUUGACCAUUUGUUAUCUGUCAUCGCUCUCUUGGUGGUAAUAAUGCUCCCCAGUCCGCUCAUAACUUCUUCCACCACGCCUUUCUCUGUGAAGGAUAUUCUCAAGUUAGAGUUGCAGCAACAAUCUCAGCAGCACCAGCUCCAGUUCAUCUCCUGCUUCGGUCUCUCCGGUGCGCUGUCACAACCGGGAGCUUUCCCAAAUAAACCGCUCCGCUCUUAUUCGCCGCCGUCCUGCAUGCUGGCCGGGAGGGACAGUUCAAGUCCCAUCAGCUCCGGCCUUUCGGAGAGCGAGGAGAGGAUGUCGUAUCUCAACACGCUGACGGUUCAGGAGCGGCUGGCGGAGUCUGGUCUGCCGGGAGAGAUGUUUGGCAACCCGGCGGAGAAUCACUCUGCAGAGCUCCGACUGGACACCGAGCAAGAGGAGCAAGACAUUAAGAGCUGCGGUGCGUUGGGGGGUGACUGUGAGGAUCAAGACUCUGAGAAACCCGCCACCAAGCAGCAGAGGACCAGGAGGAAACCCCGGGUCCUCUUCUCGCAGGCUCAGGUCUUUGAGCUGGAGCGGCGCUUCAAGCAGCAGCGCUACCUGUCCGCUCCAGAGAGAGAGCACCUGGCCAGCUCCCUGAAGCUCACCUCCACCCAGGUCAAGAUCUGGUUCCAGAACAGGAGGUACAAAUGCAAGAGGCAGCGGCAGGACAAGACUCUGGAGAUGGCAGGUCAUCACCAUCACCACCACCACCCACCGCCGCCUCCCAGGAGGGUGGCUGUGCCGGUGCUGGUCCGGGACGGGAGACCUUGUCUGGCUGGAUCCCAGAACUACAACACUUCUUACACAGUCGGAGCUCCGAACCCGUACAGCUACAACGGCUAUCCAGCUUACAGCUACAACAACUCGGUGUAUAGCAACACUUACUCCUGUACUUAUUCUAGUCUGCCUGCUCUGCCGCCCAGCAACACCACUGCUAACGCUUUUAUGAACAUGAAUUUGGGAAACCUCGGCGCACAGACGCAAAGCCAGGCACCCCAAGGACCCGUUGUUACACCCUGUCAGGGAGCUCUGCAGGGCAUCCGGGCAUGGUAGCGCAGUCUUUACGCACAGUUAGGAGAGACUUCUCUGGGAUGGGGGUUUGGACUCGAGCAUGUAAAGCUGAUCUGCUAAUGCAACCAAAGCACAAUUAAAAACUCUGUAACACAUUACAGAAAGUAGAGGCCAGCAGGAUGUAACUCAAGGCAGGCCUGUGAGGAAACUCACACCCACUGACUGAGACAGAAACCAUACAGUAUGCGCCUUUUUCUCUGAGCCACGAUGUUAAGAAACGUAUUAAACCUGCUGUUGGAUAUUUGAUUGUCGAAAUAAAUGUUGCCUUUAAGCAAACAUUGUGCGUAAAACGACCUAUUGUUAUUCAAAUUUGAUGUAAUGUGCAACAAAAAUAAAAUGAUUUUAUAUGGAUGUUUUCUUUA